CUCUCCCUCUCCCCUGUAGGGUAUAUAAGCAGAAGCAGAAGUCCCCCAAGAGGCAGCAGCAGCAAAUCGACUCCAACCAACAACAGUUUCUUUCUCCAACUUCAUCUGAGUCCUGUGACGGAUCAUCCACCCUGAGCUAUCACCACCAUGUCUAAUCAAGGUGCCACCCCGACUCCAUCUCCUGCCCCUCCUGCUCCCACCGGACCCCCUCCCAAGAUGACGAACCGCGGCCGUUCCGCCGUUCCCAUCUCCACCUCCAACUCCGACGCGACGGACAUACCUGAGUUUGAGCCCUUUAGUGUCCCGGGCCCGAGAGGAUUCCCACCUAUGACCGAGUAUCUUGACAUCUGGGACGUGGACAUGAUGAAGAACAAAGAGGAGAGCAACAAGCAGCAGCACCACACCAUGUUCUUCAACUCUGACCAUCUCAUUGUUCGUCGAGGGCAAGAGUUCCAGGUGAAGAUCAACUUCAGCCGUCCCUACAAACCUGCCACUGACAAGUUCGCUGUGGAGUUUGUCAUCGGCUCCAGUCCUCAGUACAGCAAGGGCACCUAUAUUCCCGUCUUCCCCAACAAGGAGCGUCCGAGCCCCUGGGAGGGCCGCAUCACAAAGACCGCCGACAACUCGGUCACCAUGGGCGUCACUCCUACGGCGGACUGCAUUGUGGGGAAGUACCAGAUGUACGUCGCUGUGGUGACGCCAUUCGGCAUCCGCAGGACCCGACGGGACAUCAGCCGCGACCUCUACAUCCUCUUCAAUCCCUGGGUGUCCGCUGAUGCCGUGUUCCUGGACGAUGAGGAAGAGAGGGAGGAGUGUGUGAUGACUGAGAUGGGGAUCAUCUACCACGGCGCCCACGACGACAUCGCUGAGAGAAACUGGAACUACGGACAGUUUAACUUUGGAGUCCUGGAUGCCUGUCUGUACAUCAUGGACCGCUGCGACAUGCCCAUCACCAACAGAGGAGACCCCGUCAGGGUGACCAGAAAGGCCUCCGCUAUGGUGAACUCUCGUGAUGACGAAGGCGUGCUGGUGGGGAACUGGAGCGGCGACUACACCUACGGAGUGCCGCCCACGUCCUGGACUGGCAGCACGGAGAUCCUGCUCACCUACGCCAGCACCAAGAUGCCCGUCUGCUACGCCCAGUGCUGGGUCUACGCCGCCGUCUUCAACACCUUCCUGCGCUGUCUGGGCAUCCCAUCGCGCGUUGUCACCAACUUCUUCUCCGCUCACGACAACAACGGAAACCUGAAGACCGACAUCAUCCUGAGCGAGGACGGCAGGAUCGACCGCAGUCGCACCAAAGACUCUAUCUGGAACUAUCACUGCUGGAAUGAGUGCUACAUGUCCAGACCGGACCUCCCUGCUGGCUUUGGAGGCUGGCAGGUUGUGGAUGCUACACCACAGGAGACCAGCGAUGGCAUGUACAGGUGUGGUCCUGCGUCCGUCCAGGCCAUCAAACACGGGCAGAUAUGCUUCCCCUUUGAUGCUGCCUUUGUGUUUGCUGAGGUCAACAGCGAUGUGGUGUUUUUCUCCCGGAGUAAAGAAGGGACCAUGGAGCCGGUCAAGGUGAACCGGACCCACGUAGGACGCAUGGUUUUGACCAAAACUCCGGGAGACGUGACCCGCCGCGAAAUCACCGAUCAAUACAAGUUUGCUGAAGGCAGCACGGAGGAGCGGACCGUCCUGGAGAAAGCGGAGGAGUACGGCUGUCAGCGAGAUAAGUCCGAGCUUCCCGUGGCCGACGUGGACAUGAUCCUGCCCACGCUGGAGGUCAACGUGGGCGACGACUUCGAGCUGAGCCUGGAGUUCGUAAACCGCAGCGACCAGCGGCGCACCAUGGACAUCUACAUCAGCGGGAGCGUGGUGUUUUACACCGGAGUCAACAGCUCCGAGUUCCUGUUCAGGAAUCCCACAGUGACGAUUGGCCCAAACAAAAGUGUGACGGAGUCUGUGACGGUCGAGUCAAAGAACUACAUGAAGCAUCUGGUGGAACAGGCCAACCUCAACUUCAUUGCCUCCGGGAAGGUCAAGGAGACCGGGCAGAUCGUCACCGCCAUGAAACUCAUCACCCUGCACAAUCCCAAACUCACCGUCACGGUGUCCGACAACGGCAGAGUGAGCGAAGAGAUGACGGUGAAUGUGGACUUCACAAACCCCUUCACUCACAGCCUGGAGGACGUCAUCAUUCGCCUGGAAGGAGCCGGGCUCAUGCCGCUCACGACCAAAUAUUUCAGUCUGAUCCCAGGAGGACACUCUCUGCACUGGAGCGAGGUUUUCACCCCGCAGAGGGCCGGCAGCGGCAGGCUGAUCGCUUCUCUAGACUGUCCCGCUCUCAGGCAGGUCAGCGGCCAGGCGUCUGUCACCAUCAAGGCCUGAGGACAUCCUUCAACUCGCCUACACAAUAUAAGCCCAUAACGUAGUUACAGCAGCUUCAGCAUUUCUGAUAACAAUGGUGACGAGCUCAGCCAUAAGAACAGAGAGUGCACAUCUCUUUGAUAAGUGAGUUUCUUUCUGUGAUGGCUACUUCAGUUUCUUUUUUUUCAAAGUGUAUUAAUUAACAGCGAGCAAAGCUGUCUCUGAAAUCUCUCCCUCAUUCAAUCAUUCCCUCCUCCCCAUAUAUUAGAUUUCACUCUCUAGUGUGCAGUAUACUGAGAUUUCAUCGUUAGCAGGAACUAUUUACAGCGCACUAUAGAGUAAAUAGGGAGGGACUUCAGACAUGUAUCCACUUUUGGCCCUGAGAUCAGUAAUUGUGGAGAUGAGACGAGUUUCAUUUAAUAAACAAAAUAUUGAUUAUUGCAGCUUAAACUUAAAACGUACUCCCACUGUGCAACUUUUAAACUUAAAUAUCAAUUAUUCUACUUGACCAUAAAGAGCUCUUUCCACCUCCUUUCUUUCCAUUCUUUCUUUGUACAAGAACAAAUGCAAAUAAAAGAUUAACAACUGCA